GUCCGGCGGCCGGGGAGUCGGCAGCGGGGAGAGCGGCUGUGGCGCGGUGCGGACGCUCGGGGCUGCGUCUCCACGUCUCGGCGGCCUGUGCUCCGUGCCGCUCGGGCCGGGGACGGUGCUAGUGCGAAGUGGGAUUCCAGAUGGCAAAUUCUAUGAAUGGCAGAAACCCUGGUGGUCGAGGAGGAAACCCCCGGAAGGGCCGAAUUUUAGGUAUUAUUGACGCCAUUCAGGAUGCAGUUGGACCUCCUAAGCAAGCAGCAGCAGAUCGCAGGACUGUGGAGAAAACCUGGAAGCUCAUGGACAAAGUGGUAAGACUAUGUCAGAAUCCCAAACUUCAGUUGAAAAAUAGCCCACCCUAUAUACUUGAUAUUUUACCUGAUACAUAUCAGCAUUUGCGGCUUAUAUUAAGCAAAUAUGAUGACAACCAGAAACUUGCCCAACUCAGUGAGAAUGAAUAUUUUAAAAUCUACAUCGAUAGUCUAAUGAAAAAGUCAAAACGGGCAAUAAGACUCUUUAAAGAAGGCAAGGAGAGGAUGUAUGAAGAACAGUCGCAGGACAGAAGAAAUCUGACAAAACUCUCCCUCAUCUUCAGUCAUAUGCUGGCAGAAAUCAAAGCAAUAUUUCCCAAUGGUCAAUUCCAGGGAGAUAACUUUCGUAUCACAAAAGCAGACGCCGCUGAAUUCUGGAGAAAGUUUUUUGGAGACAAAACUAUUGUACCAUGGAAAGUAUUCAGACAGUGCCUUCAUGAGGUCCAUCAAAUUAGCUCUGGCUUGGAAGCGAUGGCUCUAAAAUCAACAAUUGAUUUAACUUGCAAUGAUUACAUUUCAGUUUUUGAAUUUGAUAUUUUUACCAGGCUAUUCCAGCCUUGGGGUUCUAUUUUACGGAAUUGGAAUUUCUUAGCUGUGACGCAUCCAGGUUACAUGGCGUUUCUCACAUACGAUGAAGUGAAAGCACGGCUACAGAAAUACAGCGCCAAACCUGGAAGCUACAUUUUUCGGUUAAGCUGCACUCGAUUGGGACAGUGGGCCAUUGGCUAUGUGACGGGGGAUGGCAACAUCUUACAGACCAUACCUCAUAACAAGCCCUUAUUUCAAGCUCUGAUUGACGGCAGCAGAGAAGGAUUCUAUCUUUAUCCUGAUGGGAGGAGUUAUAAUCCUGACUUAACUGGAUUGUGUGAACCUACACCCCAUGAUCAUAUAAAAGUCACACAGGAACAAUAUGAAUUGUAUUGUGAAAUGGGCUCUACCUUUCAGCUGUGUAAAAUCUGUGCAGAGAAUGACAAAGAUGUCAAGAUCGAGCCUUGUGGGCAUUUGAUGUGCACCUCUUGCCUUACAGCGUGGCAGGAGUCAGAUGGCCAGGGCUGCCCCUUUUGCCGCUGCGAGAUAAAGGGAACAGAGCCCAUAAUCGUCGAUCCCUUUGACCCGAGGGAUGAAGGCUCCAGGUGCUGCAGCAUCAUUGACCCCUUUGGCAUGCCGAUGCUGGACUUGGACGAUGACGAUGACCGAGAAGAGUCCUUGAUGAUGAAUCGAUUGGCAAAUGUUCGAAAGUGCGCUGACAGGCAGAACUCACCAGUCACAUCCCCAGGAUCUUCUCCCCUGGCACAGAGAAGAAAGCCCCACCCCGAUCCUCUUCAGAUCCCACAUCUAAUCCUUCCACCAGUGCCUCCUCGCCUGGAUCUCAUUCAGAAAGGGAUAGCUCGGUCUCCCUGCAGCAGCCCAACUGGUUCACCAAAGUCAUCUCCUUGCAUGGUGAGGAAACAAGACAAACCACUCCCAGCACCACCUCCUCCCUUAAGAGAUCCUCCUCCCCCUCCGCCUGAGAGACCUCCGCCAAUCCCUCCUGACAAUAGACUGAGUCGACACUUCCAUCAUGGUGAAAGUGUGCCUUCCAGAGACCAGCCCGUGCCCCUUGAAGCUUGGUGCCCUAGAGAUGUGUUUGGGACUAAUCAGUUGGUGGGAUGUCGACUACUAGGGGAUGGCUCUCCCAAGCCUGGAAUCACAGCAAGUUCAAAUGUAAAUGGCAGACAUAGUAGAAUGGGCUCUGAUCCAGUGAUCAUGCGGAAACAUAGGUGCCACGAUUUGCCUUUAGAAGGAGCCAAGGUUUUUUCCAAUGGCCACCUGGGAAAUGAAGAAUAUGACGUUCCUCCCCGGCUCUCUCCUCCUCCUCCAGCUGCCGCCCUCAUCCCUAGCAUAAAGUGUACUGGUCCUUUAGCGAAUUCUAUUUCAGAGAAAACAAGAGACCAAGUAGACGAAGAUGAUGAAUACAAGGUUCCUUCAUCCCAUCCCGUUUCCCUGAACUCACAGCCAUCUCAUUGUCAUAAUGUAAAACCUCCUAUUAGGUCUUGUGAUAAUGGUCAUUGUAUAUUGAAUGGAACACAUGGUACCUCUUCAGAGAUGAAGAAAUCAAACAUCCCUGAACUAGGCAUAUAUUUAAAGGGAGAUGUUUUUGAUUCAGCCUCUGAUCCAGUGCCAUUGCCACCUGCCAGGCCUCCAACUCGGGACAAUCCAAAGCAUGGUUCUUCACUCAACAGGACGCCCUCUGAUUAUGAUCUUCUCAUCCCUCCAUUAGGCGAAGAUGCUUUUGAUGCCCUCCCUCCAUCCCUCCCGCCUCCCCCACCUCCUGCAAGGCAUAGUGUCAUCGAACAUUCAAAACCUCCUGGCUCCGGUAGCCGACCAUCCUCAGGACAAGACCUUUUCCUUCUUCCUUCAGAUCCCUUUUUUGAUCCAGCAAGUGGCCAAGUUCCUCUGCCCCCUGCUAGGAGAUUACCAGGUGAAAAUGUCAAAUCCAACAGGACCUCGCAGGACUAUGAUCAGCUCCCUUCAUGUCCAGAUGGUUCACAAGCACCAGCCAGACCCCCUAAACCACGACCCCGCAGGACUGCACCAGAAAUUCACCACAGAAAACCCCAUGGGCCUGAGGCAGCAUUGGAAAAUGUGGAUGCAAAAAUUGCAAAACUCAUGGGAGAGGGGUAUGCCUUUGAAGAGGUGAAGAGAGCCUUAGAAAUAGCCCAGAAUAAUGUCGAAGUGGCUCGUAGCAUCCUUCGAGAAUUUGCCUUCCCCCCUCCAGUCUCCCCACGUCUCAAUCUAUAGCAGCCAAGCCUGUAAACACCCAAAUGUAAAGCAAUGGAUGAAUAUUCCAGGAGUGUGGAGUGGAGCGCAGAGGUGAGAUGCGAUUCAGGAAAGAUGGCACCUCCUCUUCACCUGGCACCUUGAGGAGAGAGGCUUGAGAAUGCAGCUUCUCGGAGGAAGACAGCUGCUUGCUCAGGAUGUCCACGCUGCAGCUUCCUUAUUUCUGCUAGCCAUACUUUUAAAUCAGGGUUGAACUGACGAAAAUAAUUUAAAGACGUUUACUUCCCUCGAACUUUGAAUCUGUGAAAUGCUUUUCCUUGUUUACAAGUUGGUGAAGUUGCAGUUUGCUUUUGUUUUUGUGUUAUGGAUACCUGUACUGUGUUCCUGACGGGCCCUUUGUAGUGGUCAGGUCUGCUGUGACAUUUCCCACACCUCCCUCGCUGUCCACAUCAACAGCUAAAUCAUGUAUUUGUUUCAUUCUCUCCCACCCCCAGCCCCUCCUGGAGGUCCAAGUCCAUUUCUCCCAUUUACAAGAUGCUUUAAAGGUUCUGAUUUUCAGCUUAUCAAACUAAUGCAAAAACAAAGUGUGUGGCCUUCACUACGGAGUCUUUUCUUUGGAAGCCAUUGCUGUUAAGAGAUGGGGAAAAUCUGAAUGUAUAAAGCAUUUUUUCAAUGAGCUGCCUUUUCUGAGGGCCCUUCACGGUAAUAUAGAGAGCACUCCCCUUUUUUGUGUAAGCUUUCUUUUAAUCCUCCGUAGUCUUAUCUCUGUCAUCCCAGGGUGUCACGACUCUGCAAAGAUCUACAAUAUUAGAAAGCAACGACUGUAGAUGCGGAGAAAUACACUUGCACAUGACAAUUCUGUACUGACGUUACAUAAUCAGGUCACCUGCUGUUUCCCCCAGCGUCGCUUUGGGACGUGCUGAACAAGAAGGCUGUCUCCCUGAAGUAUAUUAAUACUCUUCAGAUUAAAUUAUGGUCACACCUUUCCCGAAGUGGAUUAGGGUCCCUUUUGUAUUUGAGUGAUUACACUCUGGUUCCUCACAGCUUUAGGAGCCAGUCCAUAUUGCAGUGGAAAUGUUGAACCUUUGAUGCGCUGUUAAGUGCUAAUGCUACUGUGGCAAUGUUUUUUGCAAAGGUCUUAGUAAUUUUCUCUCUGCAAUCAGAUUAGAGUUCAUAUCUAAUUUCUAGAUUUCCUCAUUUAUUGUCCAUCCAGUCAGGUGAAAGAAACUAAUAAUAGUUUUGCCUUUUUUGCAAAAUAGUGGUUGGUUCUUCAGAAACCGUGUUAUUUUAAAAAAUCUACAAAUAUUUAUUGAGCGUCUGUGAUAUGCUCAGCUGUAUUAGGCACUGUGUUUUUAAAGCACAAACUGUCACAGGCAGAUUCCAGUGUAAUGUUAUUCUUUAUAUACAUUUUCAUUGCAAAAGUCUAAUGGAGAAAGCCUAGAGCUUCUGAAUUUUCAGGCAACUUUUUUCUUCUUUGCUAAUGAGAAGUUAAUGGAAAAAUGAGAGACAAAACCGUUUCUGUCUAAAAUGCAUGAACCCAUAGAAGGUUUUCUGAAUACAGACUAAUUGUGGGUUUAGGUGUUCUGCACUCCUUUCUUUUUCACGCGCAGUGUGAUAUAAAAAUACGUCAGAGAGCCUCUCUACAGGACUUGAAAGGACACGACCAAACAUCUAGCAUGGGUCAGAGAAAAGAGCAGAGCCAAUGAGAAUUAAUGUUCGGGAAAACUCGUGUAGACAGCCAGGCCGACCUGGGGGGGGACCGGGUGCAUUCCUUUACGGCGCGACCUGUGCCACCCUUUAAGGUGUUGCUCUCCGGAGACGCGAUGUUGCCUGAGCAGUCACGGGGCUGCAGAGUUGUGCUCUCACUGGAAUUUCUUCAGGGGGUCCUGAGCUGUUCAUGUGCCUGAAGGGGGGUUGGUAAUUUGCCUUAGAUGUCCUUCCUGUGAGUAGGUAUUUGAAUGCAGAUUUUUACACUUUUUAAAAGUUCUUUGUUGCGAUAUGAACUCCAUGUCAGUCAUCAUGGUUUUUCAUUUGUUUUAUCAGUCUCUGGUGUCCCAUUGGAAAGCACUGUAUAUUUUGGCCUUUUAAUGUCUUGUUGAUCAUAGGCACAAUCUACAAGCCAAAAGUUGCCACUUCAUUGUAAUAACGUUGCUAAUUGAUGAGGGAGUGCUGCUAAAUAAGAAUGUUACAAAGCAGUACAUUCUCUUUCAAAAAUGUUCAAACAAUAUGUGAAAAAAAAUAAAAAUAUAAAAGAUCGGUGAAGAUACAGGGAAUUUGAACCUCUAGUUAAAAAAAAAAAAAAAUCCUUUUGCAAAGAAAAUUUACCAGUUUAUACCAAAGCAUCUCUACAUCUUGUACUCAAUAAUAAAAAAAAAAAAAAAUAGCAACCUUUAAUUUUGUCAUUAGAAAAGGGAUUUAAUCAAAAUUCCAGUGUAAGUGGAAUGGAAAAAGGGAAGCUUUCUAGCAAACACUGUCCUGAAUAACGGGUACCCGAUUGCUGCGAUGGCACACCCCACCACCGCCCACUGCACAGGUCUUAGGGAACCCCCCCAAAAAAAGUUUUGAGCAAAUAAACCAAAACAAAUUUUUUUUUUUCAUUACAAAAGUGAUUAAUGUUUGGAAAUGAUCCAGACUUUGUUUUACUGUGA